UGUGCCAUGAAGAUUAUCGGUACCAUCGAACAAAUUGAACAGAUACAUUUGGAAUCUUCUCCUUGGCUGUCGCGUUUGGCUGUUCGUGAGAGUCGUUUACCUUCUGAUAUCCCGCAUAUCCCGAUUUUGAUUGAGGAUAUUCCUCGAUAUACGUCUUUAUCUGAUUAUACAAAAAAUUGUAUACAGACCAUACAAACAAUUGGUGAGAUAUUACCCAUUACAGCGCGAGUUGCGCAUUUACGAAGUAUUUCAUCAGAUCGCGAGGCGAGAGUUACUCUUAGUCUAGAGGAACUUCCUGUGCAUGCUCUUUAUUCCAAGGACAGCAAGGGAAGGCACCUAUUUAUAUGGGAAAAAUUUAGUAUUUUUAAAAUUUUUGGAAUGUUGGAACAGAAGAAUAAUGAAGUUGUAAUGACAGCUCAUAAACUGCUAAGAGUCCAAGACAUACGUGGCAGUUUGAAUACAUUAUCAUUAUUGUCUUCUGCAGUUCGCCCCAUGCAUUACCAAUAUAAAGAGUUGAAAUAAAAUGAAAGCGAAGAAUUUAAUGAAUGAAUCUUCCUGCACAUACAUUUAAAUGUUCGAUAUUAAGAGCUAGUAUCACUACAAUAAGAGCAUUAUUUAAUCGAAACAUGAGUAUAUUCACACAGUGUUUGAAUCCUCUCACUGGUGUUGCUUCGUGGGAAGAGAAAGAUCAAUAUUACGAUUAUCAUCAAGAAGUAGCUAGAUCUGCCUUUGCAGACAUGUUACAUGAUCAUGAACGAAAUGAGAAGUAUUACUUGGCCCUCAAAGCUGCUAUUGAGAAAAAACAUCAAGCCGGUGAAGAGGCUAACGUUCUUGACAUAGGCACUGGAACAGGAUUGCUGUCGAUGAUGGCUGCCAAGUGCGGAGCAGAUACUAUAACGGCAUGUGAGGCUUUCAAACCAAUGGCCAAAUGUGCCGUACAAAUAAUAAAGGAGAAUGGCUUCGAAGAUAAAAUUCAAUUGAUCCGUAAGCGUUCUACGAAAAUGAUAGUAGGCAAAGGUGGUGACAUGCCAAAACGCGCAAAUAUUCUAGUUACUGAAGUGUUUGACACUGAGUUGAUUGGUGAAGGAGCAUUAUCAACAUUCCGUCAUGCACAUGAGGUUCUUCUCGAGGAAGAUAGCAUUGUCAUUCCACACAAAGGAACAGUAUGGGCACAAGUAAUCGAAAGCUUCAAAGUCUGUUGUUGGAACCGAGUAAAGCCUAUUAAGAACGAUGAAAUGUUGAUCGAUACACCACCGGCUAUUCAAGCAUGCUCUGGUGCUGCAGCUGUACAUGACAUGCAACUAUCACGUCUCUCUCGCGAUACUUUUGUGCCUUUGUUGCCAGCACAGCCUAUUUUUAGGUUUGAUUGGUCUGGUAAGAAACCCUUAUUGAACAACGAAAAAGUAUCAUUACUUACACAAUCGAUAAGAAGUGGAACCGCACAUGCAAUUUUUAUGUGGUGGGACUUGAACAUGGAUACAGAUAAUCAGCUGCUGCUGAGUUGUGCACCCGUAUGGGAACAUCCAGAUGUACCUGAUAAUGUGAAAAAAGAUGUCUCAUGUUUGCAAAAGAUGGCAGAUUUGAUGCCAUGGAGAGAUCACUGGAUGCAAGCUGUCUAUUAUCUUCCAGAAGAAAUAUCUAUUACAUGUGGCACUGAGGUCAAUCUUAUCGGUUAUCAUGAUGAAUAUUCCUUCUGGUUUAAAUUAUUGAGUGGGCCUAUAGAUGGGAUUCCAGAUUGCCAUAGGCCCGAGUGCAAUUGUUGGGCGCAUAUCGCAUACUCGCGAACGCGUAUUGGUCAAUUAAACGACACAGUUCGUAAUCAGAGAUAUCUAAAGGCUUUGCGAAAAAAGAUUACUCCAAAUAGUGUUUGUCUCUGCGUUUCGGAUGGUUGUCUGUUGGCCCUCGCGAUUGCAAGAUUAGGUGCAAAAGUGUUCUUAUUGGAGCAGAAUUUUCUGUCACGUAGAACCAUGGAGAUGUUUGUGCAGACAAACGAGCUCUCUGAUCGAGUAAAGAUUGUCGAGUCGGUUGACAGUCUACCGCAGGCAAGCGAAAUCGAUUUCAUUUUUGGUGAGCCAUAUUUUCUGAGCUCCAUCGUGCCUUGGGAAAAUCUACGAUUCUGGUAUCUCGCUUCUAAAUAUCCAUCGAGUAUUGCGAGGAUGCCGGUCAUGGCGACGAUCAGAGCCGUCGCUGUUGAAUUUAAGGAUUUACAGAAAAUAAGAGCUCCUCUUGGCACUUGCGAGGGUUUUGAUCUAUCUUCUUUCGACAAACUUAUUCAAAUUUCUAGCAUGAAAAGUGACAAUCCGGUAGAGGCGCAGCCACUUUGGGAGUAUCCAUGCAAAGCAUUAUCUUCAGGUUUUGAUAUCGUAAAACUUGAUCUAACACGGAACGUAAAUUUUGAUGAGCGCAAGAGAAUAACAGGAGAAAUACCUAUUUUAGACAGUGGUACCUGCAAUGGCACCGCUAUAUGGGUGGAUUGGCAAUUAGAUUCGGAUUUAUCGGUAUCUUGUGGUCCGAUUGAAGAAAUUGUACCUGGCAAACGUGUGUCCUGGGAUCCAUAUAUGAGACAAGGCGUGCAUCUAUUUCGUACAGUAUCCAAUGUUACGAAAAAAAGUACACUUUCAUGGUCGUUUACUUUUGUUCCUCAAAAUGGAGAAGUAGAAUUUAAGUUUAAUAUAGUAACGAAUGAUUGAAUGUAUUAAUGAACAUUUGUUAAUUGAGUUUAUUUAAUAUUUUCAAAAUAGU